AGAAGCCAAGCGCGAGGAAGAAACCAUCGCCACAGCCUACAGCUGUGCUACGAAAACACCGACAUCGAGUACUCCACCUCUGCGACUGUCAGUAGUGCCUCAGAUAUCGUUACCAACAAUUCGCCUGGCCUGGUGGGCAGCAGCGGAGUGUCUGUAGACGAGUACGGCUCAGGGAACAACACGGUGGUCGUGUACAAUGCCGCUCCAGGGCCAAACACCCAGACAGCCGAGGCCUUUUUUAAGUCAUUUGUGCCGCAAAAGUAUGAUUUAUUUACAGCAAUAGAUUGA